AUGUUGCCAACGAACAAACUCACAAUUAUCAUAGUCCUCUUGGCAGCACUAUUCUACACAUCACAUGCACAAAACAAUGCCAAGAUCAAUCAAGUAAUAUAUUAUGAUGGAUAUGUGGAUAUAUUGGGAGCCAACUUUGUCAAUAUUACAAAUGUAUCAACAUUCCCUAAUAGUCUUGGACCUCCAGGAGCGUCCCAGCUCAAGUUUAACGUAUUGGAUGCGACAAAGAUCCGAGCAAACUUCACCGAGGACCAAGCCUACGAAGGCAUGAUCAAUGUGACCCAAAAGGGCUUCCUGGCACUAUCCGGCUGGAACCCAAUAUUGGUGCGAAACGUCACAUCGACACCCACCUACGGAGGCAUCAUCACGGUCAAUGGCAACUACUUUGGCACGUCCACCAAGAACACACUGACCUUCUCCGAGUUUGGCGUUUCGCUCGAUCAGACCGGCACCAACAAUGGCACACAGUGCUACUUCAAGUUUGAUGCAGCCUUGGCCGAGUCAUUCUACGCGCCCAACACCACGGUCAACAUCCUGAUUCGAUCAUCGGGCUUCACCACCUUCUUCAUGUUCCAGGCGCCACAUCUGCUCACCAUCAAUGUCACCGAGACUGGCGCAUUGGCCAUCAGCGGUACUAACUUUGGUGCCAACUCAUCCAAGUUGACCCUUGGCUUUGGCGGUCCGACCGUCCACUCCGACACUAUCACAUCAUUCUCCAAUCACACCAGCGCCGUCUUCAACAACGACUAUCCCACCAAAGUUGGCAGAUACAAGGUGCACGUCGAAGUUGAUGGCAACCCAUCCAAUGAGCUUGGAUUGACCCUUUACCCUGUACUCACAUCAGUAUCUAACUUGACAAUAAGGGGUGGCGAUAUAACGAUCAGUGGAAGAUACUUGGAGAUUGCAGGUACAUUCUCCACGGUGGCCGUUGGCAAUAAGAUAUGCGCCAAUCCUCAUAAUGAGUAUUUGAACACUACAUUGUUGGUGUGUACCAUGCCACCCGGCGCAGAAGACUCCACUCCAAUGUCUAUAAUCGUUAGCAUCAAUGGCCUUUCCAAUGUCAACUCUGGUCAGCCACAGACAGUGACCGUCACCUACCAAAACCCGCCUCCCAACAGCUCACCAACACUAACAGCGCCAUCGACCAACAUUCUUGUAUUACUUGUAUUGUUCAUGUUGAGCAUACUAUUCCAUGUAUAA